UAAAUAUUGCUCAAUCAAAUUUCAAAUCCAUUCAACAAAAUACGAACAAUUCUUUUUCAUUGAACCCAAACAAGAAGCAAAGAGAAAUUAUAUUUUCCUCGAUGAUGAUUUCUUCCUGGAGAAAGAGAAGAGCUGCAAAGCGUGCAGAGAAAGAGCAGCAAAGGAACGAGAAUGGCGAAAUGGAGCUUACGAUCCCAAGAGAUUUCAGGUGUCCGAUAUCGUUAGACUUGAUGAACGAUCCGGUCACGUUGUCGUCGGGGAUAACGUAUGAUCGAGAGAGCAUCGAGAAGUGGAUCGAGGCCGGGAAUUUCACUUGUCCUCUCACGAAUCAAGUCCUGAGGAGUCUGGAACCGAUACCGAAUCACGUCAUAAGGAGGAAGAUACAAGACUGGUGCGUCGAGAAUCGGUCUUACGGUAUCGAAAGGAUCCCUACCCCUCGUGUUCCGAUAAGUUCCAUGGAGGUUUCGGGGAUUCUUUCAAAGAUAGACUUCGCUUGCAAGAAGCUCGACAACGAAGGGUGUCGAGCUUUGGCGGCGAAACUCAAGGCAUUGGCCAAAGAGAGCGAACGUAACAAACGGUGCAUUGCGACAAAUGGGGCAGGCGCCGCUUUAUCGGAAGCUUUCGCGACGUUUUCCGUGGCGUCGUCUUUUGGUGAAAACGUCGCGGUAUUGGAGGAGAUAUUGUCAGCUUUGAUUACGAUGUUCCCUCUCGAUGGAGAAGCCAAGGGCUACAUAGUAUCAGCUCCGGCCUUACGUUGCUUAAUAUGGUUUUUAAGCAGCGGAGACUUAUCGAGGCGAAGAAACUCAGUUUUGGCCUUAAAAGAGCUCGUUUCAUCAAUGGAAGAUCAAAGAAAAACACUGAAUUUAUUAUCAAAUAUCGAAGGUGUCAUCGAAGCAUUCUUCAAGCUCAUUAAAAACCCAGUUUGCUCAACAUCAACAAAAGCAUCAUUAACCAUCAUUUACCACAUGAUCACAUCGUCUUCAACCAGCCAAAAACAAGUAAUUAAACUCGUAAACCUGGGCGUAAUCCCAUUGCUGCUAGAAACACUCGUCGACACCGAAAGGGCAAUGUGCGAGAAAGCCUUGGGCGUUCUCGACGGCAUCGUCAACAACGAACAAGGCAGGGAAAUGGCCUGCAACAAUGCCUUGAUGAUCCCGGUUUUGGUUAAGAAAAUACUUCGAGUUUCAAAUUCGGCAACCGAGUUCUCAGUCUCCAUUUUGUAUAAGCUUUGCAAGGACGAGCAAAAGGAAGAUGGUGGCGUCCUCGUAGAAGCUCUUCAAGUCGGUGCUUUUCAGAAACUUUUGCUGUUAUUGCAGCUUGGGUGUGUUGAGAAGACGAAGCAGAGAGUUUCAGAUUUGUUGAAGAUGUUGAAUCUUCAUAGGAACAAAGUAGAAUGCGUUGAUCCCAUGGACCAGUUCAAGAAUCUCAAAAGACCUUUUUAGGGAAAAAAUUUUGUUAUAAUUUGGUAGAUUAUACAAUUCAAUGUACAAAAACAUAGGUUAAAAUAUAAAAAAAAAUAUUGAUUUAUUCUUUCUUUUA